GCUGCGCGGGAUGCGCGGGCGGGGCUGCGCGGGCAAGAUGGCGGCGGGCGGGCAGGGCGAGGAGCGGCGGCUGCUCGUCCAGAGGCUGAAGGCCGCGGCGCACUACGCGGUUGGCGGCCUGUGUCAGGAAGUGGCAGAAGACAAAGACGUGCAGCUCAGCAAACAAACCAUCGCGGCCAUCUCCGAGAUCACCUUCAGGCAGUGCGAGACCUUUGCAAAAGACCUUGAAAUGUUUGCAAGGCAUGCAAAACGAAGCACAGUCACUACAGAAGAUGUGAAACUUUUGGCUAGAAGGAGCAAUUCUUUGCUCAAGUAUAUCACCCAGAAGAGUGAUGAGAUUGUAUCGAGUAACAUGGAGCAAAAGGAGAGGAAGAAAAAGAAGCCAAGUGCAGCUAAGAGAGGUAGAACUGGGGAACAAGAAGCAGAUGUGACUGAAAGUGAAGAUUCCAACAUGGCAUGAUUUAACUUUCAAGUAGUGUCUGGUUGUUUUCUCUUCUUACCAACCCAGGUUAGCCUAGUAAAGGUCCCUCCUGCAGGUUAGCAACAGUAAUGAAGCUUUAGGUUUUAGAUGAGCAUCAUUAGUUGGAUUUUUUUGUUCCAAAAAUGAAAGGUUUCUUAGAGUUCAGUACAGCUUACUGCUAAAAUGCCUUAAUUCCUCAUAAAAAGAUAUCUGUUACUCAAAAGAAAAUACUUUAAAUAAAGAGUUUAAAGCAGAA